AUGAAACAGGAUACUAGUUUCAAAUGGCAGCCGCCAUCUAUUGACAGCUUGAAUUUGGCGUCUUUGAACGUUACAAUUGUGGGUGGUACUGGUGGCCUGGGGCGUGCAAUUGCCCUAGUGUUGGCUUCAAAGGGUGCACAAGUUACUGUGAUUGGACGUACAUUUCGGGACUCCGAGGUGAAGAACAUUAAUUUCAUAGAGGCCGAUAUGACUUCUAUCAAAGUGUCCAGGGAGGUUGCUGAGCGGCUCCCUGCGGACAAUAUCAACAUACUGCUGUUUACUACCGGCAUAUUUGCUAGCAAGACAAAACAAGUGACACCAGAGGGGCUUGAACGAGAUCUUGCCGUCAGCUACUUAAACAGAUUGGCCAUGAUUGAGAUAUUAGCUCCCAAGAUGAAGCGUUCAGAAAGUUCCUUGGGAUUUGGGCCCAGAAUUUUCUUGAUGGGGUACCCAGGUGCUGGUGAAUUGGGUACUAUUGAAGACUUAAAUCAGGAUAAGAAUUAUGGUUUGAUGAAGGCUCAUAUGAACACUGUGGCCGGUAAUGAAGCUCUAGUACUUGUUGGUGCAAAGAGAUAUCCCCAACUGCGGUUCUUUGGAUUAAACCCUGGUCUAGUAAGGACGAAUAUAAGAGACAACAUGUUGGGACAAGGCUCUUGGAAGUCAUACAUUAUUGAGGGGAUCAUUGGAUUUUUCAACAAGACUCCUGAGCAGUAUGCUAAUACAAUUGCACCUUUAUUGGUCACUAACGAGAUUGAAAAGCGUUCAGGAACUUCUUACAAUGCGAAUGGUCAGGCUAUCACAACCUCGGAUGGGAUGACUUUAGCCUACGCCACUAGCUAUGUGGAAGCUUCAGAGGAGUUGUUGAAGACGAAGGGCCUCUGA